AUGGCAGAGAAUGCUAGUAGUUCAACAAAUAGAAAUCACAACGAGCCACCACCCGAUUCAAAUGCAAUGGUACGUGCAAAGUUGACAAUUGGGACUUUAUCAAGCUCUGAUAUUGAAAGGUUGAUUCCUUUUCUAAAUCAGGAGAAGAUAAGGAAGCAAGAGCAAGAGGAGCGAGAAGAAUUUGAAAGAUUAAGGGAUGAAAAUGAUGAGGAAUUUCAGUUAUGGAUGAGAAAUACGACUGAAAGUGAUAGUGAAGAUGAAGAAAAGAACCGUGAAGGAGUAGAAGAUGAGGAGAGCAGUGAUGAUUCGAUGAAGAGAGAUGAUAGAGCAAAAGAAGCAGAGAGGAAGAAGAGGAAAAGGAAAGAUUUUGAAGAUGUGAUGUACAAGUGCUAUCUCGCCGAAAAAAAGAACAACCCUCGUAAGUUUGCUCGAACCAUGUCAGAACCCAUGAACGUGGAUUCUGACGGAGAAGAGAUUCCUGAGUUAGACCUCGAUGGGGAGCCUGUUUUUUCCGGAGGUGAGAUGGUGGUUUGCAGUGAAGUAGAAGAUGAGGAAGAAGAAACCGAAGAUGAUGAUCUCCAGGGUCCCUACGCAUCUUCAGACAAUGAUGAUGGUACUGGUACCUACUAUGAAGAUGAUGAGUUAAACUACAGCAGCAACCGUGAUGGCGAUUCUUGGUGA